UUUAACGAGGCAGAUGGGAUUCUUGGAAUAUCAUGGUUAUUUCGCCCAGCGAAACAAACAAAAAAAACGAUUAGAAGAUGACGGAUGGGUACUUAUUUCAUCCACAAUCUUUAAAGGUUUCUCUUAUCAGUCCCGAGACUGAUGAGGCUCUGCUAUGCGAUGUAAAUUUUGUUUCUGUUAAGGCUCUGCAACAAUUACAUAAAAUCGAAGUUUACAUAUUAAUCAAGAGUUACCCACGAAUCAGCGUUUCUAUGAAAAUUUCCAGUAAUUCUUUGUCUUUACUCUGGUGACGGAUUUGAACGCCAUGUCAGGACGAGUAACCCUCAAAAGGGGCGUAUCUACCACACUGAAGUAAUACGUGGAAGAAAGAGGUCAAUAAAUGGCAAUCAAUCGGCAAACAAAUGUACAAACAUGGCUGCAGAUCAGCUACUUCUGUCCGCUGUGUCUCUGAUAUCAGCGCUGCAGAUGGGUUACAUCACUCGCUGCGUUGCCCUUUCGAGGCGCAAACACAACGUCAUGCCUCCUGCAGUUACAGGACCUGUGGAGUUUGAGAGAAUCUUCCGGGCUCAACAGGACUGUGUGGAGAUCUACCCCCUCUUCCUGGUUGUAUUGUGGAUCUCUGGAAGCUUCUUCCAUGAAGCACUGGCAGCUCUUGGUGGUCUGCUGUUCAUUUUUUCCCGCCAAAUGUAUUUUAACGGUUACGUCAACUCUACGAAGAGCAGAUUACUGGGCUUUUUCCUGUCCCUGGGGGCUCUCGUGCUGCUGACAGCGACCGGGGCCGCUGCCCUUCUGCAUCGCUUUCUUGACGACUACCUUGAUGUUAACAUGCACAAGGUUUUCAAGAGCUAGCGUGUUUGCCUGAACCCACAUCGUCGACUCGUCCAGGUAACACAGAUCCAUAACUUUCUUGGGAAGCUCUGAACCAUCUCUUCUUCAAGCACUGAGCUGUGAGUCGGUCGCCUGCAACGCUAUCAGCUGCCGAAGUGACUUUUUUUUCUCUCUCCUUUUAUUUUUCUUUCUAAAAAGUUCUUUUCUUUUUAAUUUCAUCUGUCGCUCUCCCACACAUGAAACAGCGAUAGAAAUAUUUCCAGAACAAGAGAUGUCCAGCCUACGGGCGAAUGGAGUCUGCACGCGGGUGCGUAGAGGCGAAAACGGGUUAAAAUCAAAAAACAAAAAUCACAAACAAAAACUCUUUGGGAGGGGAAGGGGGAAAAGAAUUUCUGCUCCAACAAACAAAAUAUUUUAAAUGGAAAAAAAUUAAAUAUAGAAGUUUGUCUUGACACUGAUUUUCAGGCGUAAUGAACAAAGACGGCUCACAAUGAUGUGCUGUAUAAACAGACAUUAAAUUGUCAAUAAUGUAAUAAUAAAAUUUUAUAUAUGAAGGCCCACAGGCUCAGUGUAGGCUUUGUUCUAUUUGAGUUGAGCUUCUAAACUUUAUUUUACAUUUGAUUUCUUUUUUCUGGGAAGCUGUGCCGUUUUGUUUGUGUUAAAUUUAUGUUCUUUUUUUUUAAUCUGUGGGGUGAUUCUGAUCGGGAUCCUGGCUUGAGGCUCCUGUAGCAGGUUGUGAGUCUAUGUCAUUAAACCUUACACAUACACAUAAAACAAUCUCACACACAGUGAUGCAUGAUGGAACAUUUAGAGAUGCCAACUACUCAAACCCACACGACAAGGGGAGAAUAUGCCAACUCCACAAAAAUAUGUAAGUGGGACUCGAACCCACAACCUUGGAGAUGUGAGGCAACCCACUGAGCCACUCUGCCACCCAGGUAUCAAAACCAUAGAUGUAAUCUAUGGUGUUCUAUGGCAUACAGAAUUGACCUAUUUAUCUAUACUUAUUUGGACGGGGUGAAGGACAAAGGAUCAGCUCAGAAGAAUAACCACAGCUGUAGCAGCCUGAAUGGGCAUCCCUGGGGCGAUGUAGCCAGUUUCUCUGUAGCUUAACAGAGCGCCAGGCGGGAAGACAACAAGGUGACUGUUAGCGGCAACAACACCACGACAGUGUGUGCUAUAAUGUGCGCCAUUGUGGCGGGGGAAGGGGCCAUAAAACUGGGGCAGUGGGGCUCCGGUCUGCCUUUUCACGGCGGGAGGACAAGGACAGCAUUCACGCAAUGGGAGGACUCAAAAUUCCAGCCUGUGCAGCCACGAGUUCUUAAAGAAAAGGGACGGACAGGACGCGAAAAGCUGCGAAUGUUUAUACGGCUGCCGUUACGCACCAGCGUGCUCGUCGCUGUCGUCGCGCGGCUCGGAAUAAGUAAGUGAUAAACGAGUUUAUCAAUCGUUAGAUUUUGUGUGGAGAAACGGCGUUGAAGGGUUUUAUGAGGGAUUUAGCGAGAGUGUGGCGAGGAGGUGCCAGUUCACGCCUUCUCAUGAAGUGAAACAAAAGCCACCCCUGCAAACAAACGCAAACACGGAAGUCGUUUACCAGUCGGGGGAGAGAGAUGGCAAAAUGCGAGGAGUUAUCUGAAGACUCACGUUUCAAGGACUAUUUAGGCUUUUAAGGAUAAUGCAAAAUCUUUAAUUUUAUAAUAAAAAAAGACAAAGUCACUUGUGGUGGCUUAUACAUUCAUCACCUACCAAUUAAAACGUUACACUUUAAAUAUAAAGCUCUGUGAUCACCCUCCCAUAGCUGCCACUUAACCUUUGUUUAUUCCACUCCAGCCCCGGUGCAUUAUGGGUAGCCGCCGGGUCCCUCACAGUAGGAUGUACAUGGAAACUCAGCCGAAGGCAAUGCCUCAUGCCGGUUGCCUAGCAACAGCCCACACUGACAGGGGCUUGCUCCAGUUCCUCACAAAGAGACGAGAUCGCUCCGUGGCCGUUUUCACAGUAUAAACUUAACACAAGCCACUUACAAAACGACUGAAUAAAAAAAAAAAUGAAUGAAUGACAACAGUAUUUUCUACCGCUCCCUCA